CACAUCUCACGCGAGCUCCUUCCAAUCUCCGCAGCCCUAAACCUCGCGCUAAAUCCUAGCGUGCUGGCUUAUCAUGCAGCCCGACACACGAUGGUACCUCCAACCGGGGAUCCUUUCCUAUCUCCUCAUAGCCCUGAGAUGGAUUCCUUGCUUGACCGCUCGUUGGCUUAUCUUCGGAUUUGUCCGCUAGACCUGUCGCAAUGGAGCCCAUGCAAGGGGUAUUUAAAAGAGAUGAAAACCCAGCGAAUCCGCUUGAUCUCCACUCAAUUGACUGCCCGUCAAAAUGUCCCUCCUGUCCUCAUCGGUUGUGCUGGGCCUGCUGGCCGUUGGCAAUGCCAUGCCCGCCAGUCCGGCCUCCGCGCCAGCUCCCACCGGCUCCGUCUUCCCGUCAGGCUUCGAUAUCGUCUCGUCGUGGGCGAACCUGGCGCCAUUGAAGGAGCCCAGCGGCUUCAAUGUCUCCAAGGGCGUGCCGCGGGGCUGUGAGCUCUCCCAGGCCCAUGUGCUCCACCGCCACGCCCAGCGCUACCCGACCAGCUUCAAGCUCGACGGCGGCGGCAUCGACAAGUUCAGCGAGAAACUGGCCAAUUAUAGCCGUGCGCAUAACACCACGGACAUUGCGUCCGGGCCGCUGAGCUUCCUGAACGAUUGGGAUUAUCUCCUCGGGAAGGAUACGCUGCUGCCGACCGGGGCUGCGACGGAGGCGACGUCCGGUGCCAAUGUCUGGUCGAAGUAUGGUCGCUUCUUGUACCGUGCUGGGCCGGGCGUGGAGCGCUGGAAUGAGUCGUUGAAUGUGUAUCCCAAUGGGACGGACAGGCCGAAGCCGAUCUUCCGCACGACGACGCAGGGGAGGAUCUUGGAGAGUGCCCGCUGGUGGUUGAGUGGUUUCUUCGACAACGAAGGUGCCAACAGCUCCUACUCGGAGUACGACCUGGUCGUCAUCCCAGAAGGCAGCGGAUACAACAACACCCUGGGGUCGGACCAUUCGUGCGAGAACAGUCCGUCAGGAGGAAAUGACGACGGCGCCGCCUUCAUCAACAUCUUCGCCCAAGACGCCGUCGCCCGGCUGUCCAAGUUCCUGCCCUCUGAUUUCAACCUGACAGCCUUCGACGUCGCCUCGAUGAUGGUCCUCUGUCCGUACGAGUACGCCACCAUGCGCCGCUCCUCCUUCUGCUCGCUCUUCACCGAGCAGGAAUGGAUCGACUACGCCUACGGCAUCGACAUCCAGUUCUACGGGGUGUUCGGACCCGGCUCGCCCACCGGCCGCGCCCAAGGCAUCGGAUACCUCCUGGAGCUGGCGGCGCGACUGCAGGGCCAGACCAUCUCGUCCAGCGACACCAGCAUCAACGCCACCUGGGACCAGUCGCCCGAGACCUUCCCGCUGAACCAGCCGCUGUACAUGGACAUGUCGCAUGACACCGUCAUCGUGGCCAUCCUGGCCGCGCUCGGCCUGAAGUACUUCAACUACGGGCCCCACGGGCUGCCGUGGAACGUGCCGCACUCCGUCGAGCGCAACUUCCACCUCAACGAGGUGACGCCGUUCGGGGCCAACAUCGUCACCGAGGUGUGGACCUGUCCAGCGGAGGCUUCGUUCGAGACCUUGGCGGGGGCAAUGUAUACCAACCCGGAUCUGUCUGACACGGCCGGGACGAAGGAUUAUCUGCGUUUCGUGCUGAACGGGGCGCCGAUUCCGCUGGAUGGGAUGGUGGGAUGCGAGGACGCGGUGAACGGGUUCUGUGCGGUCGAGGGGUUCCUGGAGGGCGUGCCGACGCUGAAGGAGAAUGCGAUGUAUCAGUAUGCUUGCUUUGGGGAUUAUGAUCUGGGGAAGCAGGUGGGUGAUGGACAUCCGGAGUGAUAUAGUUCAUCCGUGCAUAGUCCAUCCGGCAUGAUUGCAUAGUUAUUCCGUCAUGUUGCUGUGACUCACCUGUAUCUCCUGUGAUCUAUCUUCUCUGGCCUUUGUCACUAGACUAUCUAGUUCAUCUUCUAGUUCAUCUAGAUACCCACCAUCAGGUUUACC